AUGGCCGCCAUGAUAUCGGAUAAGGAGAUGAACGAUCAGUCUCUCGAGAAGGGCAACCCCCAAGAGCAGGCUGCGCCAGGCGGCUUACGAAAUGGCCAAAUCCAACCUCACAUUGUUGGUGACAAGCUGGCCCGUAAACUUUCUGCUCGUCAGGUACAGAUGAUUGCGGUUGGCGGCACUAUCGGCACUGGCCUGUUCCUGGGUACCGGCCAAGCUUUAGCAACUGGCGGACCGGCUUCUCUGCUGUUGUCUUAUGCUAUUGUUGGAGCGAUUGUAUUCACGACUAUGCUUGCCCUGGGAGAAAUGGCUGCAUUCAUCCCAGUCGCUGGAUCCUUCUGCACCUUCUCUGGUCGAUUCGUUGACGAUGCUUUGGGAUUUUCUUUGACUUGGAAUUACUGGUUCAACGAUGCCGUGUCUACGGCAGCUGAUUUGAUCGCUCUUCAAAUGCUCCUUCAAUAUUGGACCGAUAAUUUCCCUGGCUGGGCCAUAAGCCUCAUAUUUCUAUUCGUCCUGAUCGGUCUGAACGUCGUUUCGGUCAAAGUCUACGGCGAGGUCGAAUAUUGGCUCAGCCUGCUCAAAAUCAUAACCAUCAUCGUAUUUAUUAUCCUUGGUAUCGUUGUCAAUUGUGGCGGAAACAAGAACCUGGGAUAUAUCGGAGGCAAAUACUGGCAUAUUGGCGAAGCUCCAUUUGUUGGGGGUGCUGGUGGCUUCGCAUCAGUAUUCGUCACAGCAGCCUUUGCUUAUGGCGGAACAGAGUCCAUUGCUGUGACGGCCGGAGAGACCAAGAAUCCCUCCAAGACGCUACCCAAGGUCGUUCGAAACGUGUUCUGGAGGAUUCUCAUCUUCUUCUUUCUUUCGGUUCUUAUCGUUGGUCUAAAUGUGCCCUACACAUAUCCUGGGCUAGCUUCAAAGACCAGCAAGACAAGCCCGUUCACUAUUGUCUUCCAGGAGGCUGGAAGUGCCGUGGCUGGAAGCUUCAUCAAUGCUGUCAUCUUCACCAGUGCCAUCUCCGCUGGAAAUCAUGCUCUCUUUGCUGGUUCAAGAUUGCUCUAUACUCUAUCCGUUGAUGGCUACGCCCCGCGUUUUUUCGGUAACCUCACAGCGGGAAAGGUGCCGAUCGUGGCUGUUCUGGCCACAUCUGUAAUCAGUGGACUGUGCUUUGGGGCCAGCUAUAUCGGCUCAGGCCAGCUCUGGACUUGGCUUCAGAACAUUGUUGGUGUGUCUAAUCAGCUUUCCUGGAUUUGUAUUGGAAUCGCUUCCUUGAGAUUCCGUGCUGGUAUAAAAAGGCAGGGUUUGGAGCACCUGCUACCGUACAAAAACUGGACAUACCCAUACGGUCCUCUUUUCUCUAUAUGCCUGAACUCAUUUCUUGUCCUGAUACAAGGAUGGUCUUGCUUUAGCCCCACCUUUUCCCCUGUGGACUUCGUGAGCUAUUACAUUGAGCUUGGGCUUAUGAUUGUGAUGUUUGUCGGAUGGAAAGUUGUGAAGAAAACUCGGUUCGUACGCUCGAGCGAGAUGGAUUUGCUUUCAGAUCGUUACCAGCGUGGCUUUGAAGAAGACGAGGAGCCACCGACCAUGCAUGGCUUGAAAAAUCCGUUUGCUAGAGGGCUCACGUGGAAAGCGCGCGCUCGGGCCGUAUCUUCGUAUCUGCCCUUUUGA